GUGUUGGGGUCUGGUGAAGGGUAUUGGGGUCCCACAGGGGUGUCACCCACGGGUCCCACCCCCCAGCCAGCAGAGGAGAAGGCGCAGCUGCUGCAGAACAGCGAGUACCAGGAGCGCAUGGUGGAGUCCACCUUCCUGUACCUGACCCUGGACCUGCCCACGGCCCCGCUCUACAAGGACGAGAAGGAGCAGCUCAUCAUCCCCCAGGUGCCCCUGUUCAGCAUCCUGGCCAAGUUCAACGGCAGCACCGAGAAGGAGUACAAGACCUACAAGGAGAACUUCCUGAAGCGCUUCCAGCUGACCCGCCUGCCCCCCUACCUCAUCUUCUGCAUCAAGCGCUUCACCAAGAACAACUUCUUCGUGGAGAAGAACCCCACCAUCGUCAACUUCCCCAUCACGAAUGUGGACCUGCGGGAGUACCUGUCGGAGGAGGUGCAGGCAGCGCACGCUCACACCACCUACGACCUCAUCGCCAACAUCGUGCACGACGGGAAACCUUCGGAGGGCUCCUACCGCAUCCACGUCCUGCACCACGGCACAGGGAAGUGGUACGAGCUGCAGGACCUGCAGGUGACCGACAUCCUGCCACAGAUGAUCACCCUGUCCGAGGCCUACAUCCAGAUCUGGAAGCGGCGCGAGGAGGAUGAGACAAACCAACAAGGGGCCUGAGACCCCCAGGGACACCCCCAGCCCCCUUGGGGCCACACGAAGACCCCCUUGGGGUCACUCCCAGUCCCUUAUGGAGACCCAGAGAACCGUUUGGGGACACCCUGAGCCCCUUGGGAUCACCCAUAACCCCUCUGGGGA